UUCCUGUAUAAAGCUGUCGGGGUGUCCCUGGCAGCGUGUCGGCACGUCCCCUACGUCCGCGGGGAAAUGAAGAAGUAUCUGUUAAGGAUGAAUUACUUGGAGGUGUCUGAGAGAGAGGCGAUGAUUUCGGUUGUGGCCGGCUCUGCCGAGAGCCACUUCCACCUUGCCUUGGAGGUGCUGCAGGAGUUUGGGGCGUCCAUGGAGGAAAGACCAGUGUCCGGGGCUUUCAAACGCCUGAAGGAAUACCACCAGGGGAAGAGAGCGGGGAGGCACGCGGCCCUCGUGCUGGCCUACGGCCGGAUCGCGCUCCGCGCCCCGCCGGAGCAGCUCCUGGCCCGCGUGGAGAGCGACGUCGUGGGGCGCAUCCUGCGGCACUACCGCGCCAGCUGCCAGGUGCUGGGCUUCUCCUUCUCCACCAAGGACGUGCAGCUCAAGCUGGCGCUGAUCCGGAGCGUCGCCGAGGUCAGCCGGGCCGUGCGGGUGGCGGGGGGCUCCCGCGGCGUGGAGCUCUGCCGCAAACGGGAGCUGCUGGACACCUUGCUGGGCUUCGUGCAGGGGGAGCCCCGGGAUCGCCUGGCGUCCCCCGUGCGCCGGGAGGCGUUUGUGGCCGUGGGGCACUUGAGCAAACUGAAGCCAUCGCUGAGCCGGGAGGAAAACCGCGACCUCCUGGAUCAGUGUGUGGGGAGCGUGAUGCCCCUGCCUGCCCUGGAGCCGGCGGAAGAGGAGGGGGCGACGGCGGCGGACGCCGGGCACGUGCAGGGUCUGCACGCGCGGACCAUGGGGGCUCUGGGCGAGCUGCUGACGGCCCUGCUGGAGGAAGACCUCAGCUCGGACUGGCUCGCGGAGAUGCUGCAUGUGCUGGAGUACUGGCUCACCUCGGCCAAGGAGUGGGAGCGGGAGAGGGCCCUGCAGGCCUGCGCCCAGCUGCUGGGCGCUUUCGAGGAGCGAUUCGAGCUCACGGGAGAAACCUCUUUCGGGCCCUUUGGCUCCAUGGUGGGACUGCUGGCGCCUUUCACCUGCGACUCGCUGGCCACGUCCCGCCAGCGGGCAGGGGCCUGCCUCGGCCACCUCCUCCGCAUACAAGGCAGGACGCUGGAGACGGGGGCCGAGGAGGACGAGGUGCAGCCCUUGUGCCAGCGGCUGAGCGCCCCAGACGCCGAGGCUCUGCGCCAGGCUUCCUCCAGACUCAGAAAGAUCGUCUGCAAACACAUCCCGCCAGCGCAGGCCACGGACUUCCUCUCUGCCGCCCUGGACGGGAUGCUGUCGGCCCAGUCCGCGUGUGCUCAGGCAGCGGGCGAGUGGCUGCUCACCUUCCUGGAGACGUGCGGGGGGCAGCUGUUCACGGAGGUGCCAGAAAUCCUGAGCAUCAUCUACGUCCGGAUGCCGACCAUGCAGCAGGACACCCUCCGGCACUUCCUCCUGGAGGCCGUGUCCCUGCUCGCCCUCUACCACCCCGGGGCCGUCAUCGACAGCCUGCUGCAGAAGCAGCUGCCCAUGGACAGUGACACCGAGGAGCUGUGGAGGGUCCUGGGGGGAAAAUUCUUUGUGGACCACUUCCUGCGGGUCUUGAUGGAAAAACUGAAGAACUCGGGAAGCGACCAGCCCAGGACCAGCUCUGCCAAGCCCGAGGCAGAGGAGGAGGAGGCUGCGCUGGAGCCUCUCAAGAUGACCCGGGCCAUCUCUGUGGUGGUGUCAGCGCUGCAGAGCCCGGAGGCUGUGCUGCGCCUGCUCCCGGAGCUGCUGCCGGUGCUGCUGAAGCAGAUCAGCGCCACAGUGGGCAAGGAGAUGCCGUCUUCCGCACUCAUCACCCGGGGAAAGCUGUUCCUGAAGGGCCACGCGAGCGACGACAAUCCUUGCAGGCUUUCCCUGGAGACCCUGGAGGCGGUGCUGCGCACGUGCCUCGACGGGAAGUGGCUGCGGCUGCUGCGGCAGCAGGGCGCCUGGGCUGCCCUGGAAGACCCCCGGGCUCACCACGACGGCGUCUGCCUGCUGACCGGGGUGCUGCUCCGCGCCGGGACCGUCUCGCUGCCCCUGGUGCUGGUGCUGACCCGGUGGCUGGACGCCCCCUCGGCCAACCUGCGGGUCACGGCCGCGGCUUUCUGUGCGGAGCUGAUGAAGGAGCCGGCGCUGCGGGAGUGGAGGUGCCUCCAGCCCAUCGCGAGGGCCUUGCUGGAGAAGCUGCGGGACUCGAGCAGCACCGUGCGGCAGAUGGCAGCGCGCGGCCUGGGCAACCUGGUCAGCGGGGCGCCGGAGAAGCUGCGAAAGCACAAGGGAGCGGUGCUGGAGGCGCUGCGGAGGGGCCUGGAGGACGCGGCCGCGGCGGAGGUGGUGGCAGAGAGCCUGCUGGCGCUGGCGAAGGUGGUGACGGAGCUGAAGGGGAAGGCUGUGGGCUCCGCCUUCAGGGACAUCGCCAGGGCCACCAAGGGGUUCUUCGAUGCUGAGCAGGCGUCGCUGCGCUCGGCGGCCUUCACCCUGUACGGGGUGCUGGCCGCCUCUGCCACGAGCAGGUGGAGGGCUUUCUUCACGGAGGAGCUGGGCAGCACGUGGGCCACCCUCGUCCUGCACCUCCGGGACCCCGACCCGGGCGCCUCCAUGGCGUGCCAGGGCGCCCUGCGGCUGUGCGCCCCGUUUCUGGGGCUGCGGAGGGUGCGGCAGGGCCUCGCCGUCACCACCCGGCUGAGCGCGGCCGAGCUGCUGGGCGACGUCUGCAGCCAGCUGGCCCAGGAGAGCCCCGAGCACCAGGAGAUGCUGUACGUCGCCGCCCGGCGCCGCUUCCUGGGGAGCUGCGGGGAGCUGCAGGCUGCGGCCCUCGACGUCGCCGGGGUCCUCGUGGAGCACGCGGGCCUCGAGUGGCUGACGCGGGAGGAAGCGAUGCCGCUCUCAGCAACUCUGCGGGUGCUGCGGAGCGACGGGGACCCGCGGGUGCAGCAGGCGGCCGCUCGGCUCCUCCGGGACGCCGGCCUCGAGCAGCCCCCGCGGCGGCGCUGAAAUAAACCUCGCCGGGAACCUGCCGCAGCAGCGGGGUGUUUCUGCGCCGGGGCCCGGGAGCCGCUUCGCCCCCCGCCGCCCCCGUUGGCCGCCGGGUCCCCGGGGCUCCGGCCGGGGCCGCUGUCCCGGGGCUGAAGGGGGCGGGGCCAGAGC